AUGCAUACAAGGAAUUCCGGGAGGACUUCACCAUUAGUCUACGAACCGAAAAUCGAAAGAGUUGCAAGAAGGAAUUUAGCAAGCCGGUUAGAGGCAACCCUUGUUUCUAACCAAGUCACCCAAGAUUCACAAUCCACACCAUCCAUUGAAACCGAUUCAAUGGCAAACCAAAACUCCAAUCACCCAAACCUUAAUCAAAACCAAUUCCAAUCUCGAGGAACCCUCCAUCCCGCCAAAAAUGUCCAACAUAUACCUCAAAAUCAACCGGGUGGUGGUGACAACUCAAGACCACCCACACCACCUUUUCGUAACCAAGUUCCUAAUAAUAACCAAAUAACACCCCAACAACAAAACCUUCACCGACACAACUCCUUACCCACUCAACUUGAUGAGCGGAAUGUUAAUUCUGAUCGUAGAGGCAACCGAGAUCGUGGCAAUCCCGCGAACGAAGACCCGUUUUUCAACAUUGACGACUUGCGAAAUGCCAUCCCCGAUGAUGAGUCGUUUAGUGUUCCCGGUUACCAAUCACCAGAACACGUGAGUAUUCACUCGGAAUACUCGGAUGACGGGGGUAAUUAUGAUGAACGGCUCGAUGAUGGCGGUUGGGGUUAUGUGAACCGGGGAAAUGUUUACAAUGCUAGAGGGUUUGACGAUGAUGAAUUUGGCUAUCAAAAUGCCAAUUUUGUAGGGAAUGAAAACUACGGUUAUGGGAAUGCUCGAAACGACGGUUACGGAAACAACCGAAACCCACAAAACAACACUCAACGGAACCGGAAUGAAGGGUUCUACAACAACAAUAACAAUGUGAAUCAUAACCGGAUUCCACGUUUUGGGGAGGAGGUAAUCAAGGAGGUAACCAAGGUGGGAAUAGAGGGGUAA